AUGUUUCUCUCCCGCGUAAAAAUCUAUCAAUCAUUAGAGAAUGAAGGUCUUAUAUCGAAAAUAAAAGCUCAACUACGUUCAGCUGUAUUUAAAACAAUUGAAAAAUCAGUCAUUCAACAAGGACAACAUCACCAAACAUGCACUCAAGGAAAUAGUCGUGAACAAGCGACUCAAACGAAUGUUUCUUUUGUAAAUUCUCAAUCGACAGAAUCUGAAAGUGACAUUGGAGCUGAUAGAAUGUAUAAAAUGUUAUUUGUUGUUAAUGGUUCAUUGAAAAUGGGUCCAGGUGAAAUGUGUGCUCAAGUGGCUCAUGCUGCAGUUGAUUUAUAUUCAAAAUUAAUCGAUCAACAUUCAAUGGACUUAAAUUUUUGGAUGAUGUUUGGCCAAACCAAAGUUGUUGUACAUGGAAAUUCAACAGAAGAAUUGAUUCAGAUACAAAAUAAAGCCUGUGAAACAAAAUCAAUCGUUACAACGAUAAUACAAGAUGGAGAUAAAACAGAAGUUAGAACAUCGUCUAUCACAUGUCUUGGUUUAUUUGGUACUAAUUCUCAGUUAGAUUCCAUAACGACUCAUUUAAAAUUAAUAUACGAUUGUUUAAAAUGUUCUAAUAAUGAUAUGACGAGCAAUGAAGAUGGUAGACAAAGUCAAACAAAACAGAAAAAUAAUACUAAAGAAGAAAAUUUGACAGAAGAUGCGAUAACAAUAGUGACCACUUCUCAAUCGGACAUAUCAGAUACAUAA